GAUACCCUGAUUCACGCUUCAUACGUUUACCCUUUCGGCCGCGACGAUUUUCUAAUUCUAAGCAAAUCAACAUGGGUAGAUCUAAAAGUGACAAGAAAUCAAGGCGAAGUAGAUCAAGAGAAAGACGAAAAGACUAUUCAAGGCAUAGGAAAAGAAGUGUAACAGAAAGCAGUGACAGUGAGGAAGAGAGACGGCGACACAAGAAGCAAAAGAGCUACAGGUCCCAGUCUAGAUCCACACCAGAUAGCAGCAACAGCGAGGAUGAGAGUCGACGGCGACACAAGAAGCAAAAGGAAUACAAGUCAAGGUCUAGGUCCACACCAGAGAGCAAUGACAGUGAGGAAGAUAGACGGCGACACAAGAAGCAAAAGAAGCACAGAUCAAGGUCUAGAUCCAGAUCAGAGUCCAGGUCUAGAAGCAAGUAUGAAGAGAGAGAUCGCCAUCACAGCCAUAAGCACAAAAAGAGAAGGUCUCGCAGCAGGACAAGAUCUCGCUCUCCUAUAAAACAACCUGAUGUCAGACCGAAGACUGUUGUUGAUGAAAAGAUGAAGAAAUCAGUGAUGAAAGCCACAGAGACAAUGGAAGAGAAGAGGCUGAGACGAAUGGCCAAGAAACAGCUCAAAGACAGGAAGAGGAAAGAACAGAUGGGAUGGGAUGAAGAGAUGAUGGGCUAUACCAAUGAAGAUAACCCUUUUGGAGAUCCUAAUCUAUUGGACACAUUUGUGUGGGUUAAGAAAAAUGAGAAACUGGGCAUCACAGAUGUUGAACCAGACCAGAUGAAGAGACUUGUUAAAAAGAAACAGAUUGAGAACAGGCUGGAGCUUCAGAAAGUGAAACAGAGAAGAAUAGAGAGAGAGAAGGAGAGAGAACAGAGAGACAAAGAACUGGAAGAGUUACAGAGAGCAAGAGAAGCUGAUUAUUACAAGGAAUGGGAGAGACAGGAAGACCAUUUCCAUUUAAAUCAAGCUAAACUAAGGUCUAAGGUCAGAAUCAAAGAUGGCAGAGGCAAACCCAUUGAUCUGCUAGGACAGUACAUCAGUGCUGAAGAUGAUGAAGAUAUCUCUGUUGAGAUGCAGGAACCGUAUAAUGUCCUCAAGGGCUUGACCAUCCCUGAUCUAGAAGAUUUGAUGGAAGACAUCAAGGUGUACGUGGAGCUGGAGCAAGGAAAGAAUGUGGAAUUUUGGAAAGAUAUCACAGUCAUCGCUGAAGAUGAACUUAAUAAACUCAAGAAGAUCACACCAGAAGGACAAGAGGUUUCUGACCGACGAGAAGGAAUCAAUUCAUCAGUCAGCUCUGAUGUUGCCAACGUGUUUAAGAACAAGACUCAUGUUCAGCUUCUGGCUCUAAAAAGUCAAAUCGUCCAGAGGAUACAGAGUGGCAACGCAGUCGAUAUCGGUUACUGGGAGUCAUUACAGCAGCAGUUAGAUGCACACAUGGCCAGAGCUAGACUAAGGGAACUUCAUCAGGAGAAAUUGAGAAAUAAAUUAGCUGCUCUCAGACAACAGCAAGGAGUAGAAGCUGCACCCCUCUUUCCUUCAGCAGAGUCUACGUCAGCUGGUUGGGACCCCACCGAACAAAAAGAGAAGCCAUCGACAGAGAGCGCCGAGAUAGACAUUCCCUCCGAGGAUGAUGAAGAAGAGGAAGAGAAGAAAGAAGAUGAAGCAAAGCCUGGUUCAUCGGCAGAUGUAGAGGGAGCUGUAGGAGGUGUAGAAGAAGGAGCAGUGGGUGGAGCAGCAGCAGAAGAAGAGCCAGAGUCCAUUUUGACUGAAGAGGAUCUUGCAGAGGAGAGCUAUGUGGAGUACAUCCAAGGUAACUACAGCCCCAGGCUCCUGGAGCAGAAGGACCUCUCUAUAGAGAUAUUUGUGCAGGAUCCGGACGAGGAUAAAUUCAAGCUGGAGACGGCAAGGAAACAUCUUAUCAGUACAGGAUCAGCGGAGACUGAUGCUGAGACAGAAUUUAUCAAGAAAGCUAAGCAAGAAAUGGGUAAAGACGAAUCAACCUUUGCCGUGGAGGUCAACUUGGAACAGAAGCCAUACAUGUGGUCUGACAAGUACAGACCUCGUAAGCCCAGAUUCUUCAAUCGUGUGCACACUGGCUUUGAGUGGAACAAGUACAACCAGACUCAUUAUGACAUGGACAAUCCACCCCCAAAGAUUGUACAAGGGUACAAGUUUAAUAUAUUCUUUCCUGACCUCAUUGACAAGAGGAAAACUCCAGAGUACACGUUAACACCAAUUGCUCAAACACCUGACUUUGGCAUUCUAACAUUCCAUGCAGGCCCACCUUAUGAGGACAUAGCCUUCAAGAUCGUAAAUCGUGAAUGGGAGUACUCUCAUCGCCAUGGUUUCCGAUGUCAGUUCAGCAAUAGUAUCUUCCAGUUAUGGUUCCGAUUCAAGAGAUACAGAUACAGGAGAUGAAGACACAGACUCAAGCUGGUUAGCUCAAGAGAAUGAAGACCUGAACUCUAGCUAUUUGAAAACCAUCCAUGUUCCAAUGGGGAUCCCUUGUAGAAUGGCUUGAUGAAGCAAGACAAGUGAUCAUUUCAUAAGAAACUUCUUGAUCUCAAUGUUGUACAGGAAGGUGAAGACUUAUUCAAGCUGCACUGUCAGAGUCUAGGAUAUCAACACGAGGAGUUCACCUUGCGAAUGGAUUUCUGGGCACCCUUUCAUGAAGCUUAUCAGCACUGAGUUAUCAUUCUCUGUCAGUUAGCAUAGUAACAAUCAUAGAUCAGUGUGUCUCA